AAUGAAUUGUCCUAAUCCAUUUUCUUUUCUUCGAUAUAGAUUCCAUUGCUUUUCUUCGAUUGAUUAAACAUGGGAGACGAAUUGAUCUCUUCCUCGACUCGAAGUUCAAUUGACGUUCAGAGCGAGCUGUACAUUCAUCAAUCAGAUUCACCUAAUUUUCUUCUAGCCUCUCAGAAACUGAACGGAGAAAACUUUCCGCAGUGGAAGCGUUCGGCUGAAAUUGCUCUAAGUGCACGAAACAAAUUAGGUUUUGUCACUAGAACCCGUAGGACUCCAGAUUUGGGUUCUCCCUUGCUCUCUCAAUGGAAUCGAUGUAAUAAUCUGGUAAUCUCUUGGAUUUUACACUCUGUUGAACCUGGAAUUGCAAAUAGUGUUUUGUAUUGUGAUACGGCUCAGGAAAUAUGGGAAGAUCUGUCUGAAAGGUUCAGCCACAGUGACGCUCCAAGAAUGUUUCAGUUGCACAAAGAUAUCGUGACACUUGUUCAGGGUACAGAUUCCGUGGCAGAGUAUUUCACAAAGCUGAAAGGUCUUUAGGACAGUUACUUUACUAUGGUGUCCUUGCCAAAUUGCAAAUGUGUGUCAGGUAACAGUUAUAUCAAGUUGCUUCAGCAGCAACAGUUGAUGCUGUUUCUCUUUGGUCUUAAUGACUCUUUUAAGACUGCGAGAGGUAAUAUCUUGAUGAUGACACCAUUACCAAGAUUGAAUCAAGCUUAUAAGUUGAUAACACAAGAUGAAGGUCACAAGGAUUGCAGCACCAGAACACCUUUGGUUUCAGAAUCCAGUGCUCUAGCUUCUGUUCAACAUAUCAAACCUGUGUUUGGAACCACUCCAAGUGGAAAGAAAUCCAAAUUUUUCUGUCAACACUGCAAGAUAUAUGGGCAUACAAUUGAUAGAUGUUUUAAGAUUCAUGGUUACCCCAAAAACAGCAAAGGAAAUAACAGUUUCAAUCAAAGCAAGAGAGUGGCUGGCAAUGCUUUCUCUGAAGAAUGUACUGAAACAGAAACUAUCACUUCCAACAACUCAAGUGUACAUUUUUGAGCAUCUAAACACUGACCAGCACAUGUCUCUGACUUCCUCUCAAUAUAAUCAACUAAUUGCUAUGCUGAAUAAAGAGACUUUUCAUGAUGCUGGAGACAAAUCUGUGCCUGGUUUUCUCUCUGCUAACAUGGCUUGCAAUGAUCAUUUGGCAAGUAUUGCUUCUUGUUUCCUUUCUUCUUGCAAUAAAAUUCAGUGGAUCAUUGAUAGUGGAGCCUCAGACCAUAUAACCCCUCACUUAACCAGUUUCUCCACUUACAAACCCAUCAACAAAUCUUGUUUCAUCACUAUUCCUAAUGGGCAGAAAGCUAGUGUUCUCCAUAUUGGAAAUGUAAUUCUGCAAAAUGGCAUUGAAUUGCUUGAUGUUUUACAUGUUCCAGAUUUUCAUUACAACUUACUAUCUGUGCAAAAACUUGUUUCCCAUUAUUUUGUUCCCUUGUCUUUCAUACAACUCAUUGUGUUGUCCAGGAUCCUGUAAAGAGGACUUCUAUGCUGGUUGGUAAAGAGAGUGCUGGCUUGUACUUUGUGGAUCAACACUCUCCUCCAACUGCUCAUGCUUCUUUCAUUUCUCCUUUCGUUAGUCUCUCAAAAACUGAGUUGUGGCAUUGUAGGUUGGGACAUUUACCUUUCAAUAGAAUAAAGUGCAUUGA